AUGAAAGAGCGCGCUUCCUCCUAUUUCUUUCUUUUCGCAGUUUUCAUUUCCGUAUCAUCUAUCUAUCUAUCUAUCUAUCUAUCUAUCUAUCUAUCUAUCUAUCUAGUUCAUUUCCGUAUCUAUCUAUCUAUCUAUCUAUCUAUCUAUCUAUCUAUCUAUCUAUCUCAUUCUGUUAAUUUCUAUCUAUCUAUCUAUCUAUCUAUCUAUCUAUCUAUCUCGGUCUGUUUAUAUCUAUCUAUCUCAUUCUGUUCAUUUCUAUCUAUCUAUCUAUCUCGGUCUGUUUAUAUCUAUCUAUCUAUCUAUCUAUCUCAUUCUGUUCAUUUCUAUCUAUCUAUCUAUCUAUCUAUCUAUCUAUCUAUCUAUCUAUCUCAGCCUGUUCAUUUCUUUCUAUCUAUCUAUCUAUCUAUGUAUCUAUCUAUCUCAGCCUGUUCCUUAUCUAUCUAUCUAGUUCUUUUCCGUCUCUAUCUUUUACGUAUCUAUCUAUCUAUCUAUCUAUCUAUCUAUCUAUCUAUCUAUCUCUUUAUCUCGAUUUGUUUAUCUAUCUAUCUAUCUAUCUAUCUAUCUAUCUAUCUAUCUCAUUCUGUUCAUUUCUAUCUAUCUAUCUAUCUAUCUAUCUAUCUAUCUAUCUAUCUGUUAUCAACAAAAUACAAUACUCGCCAGCGCCUUGAACUACGGUAUAUAACACUAUCUAAAUCGGUUCCUUAUCUAUCUGUCUAUCUAUUUCAAUCUGUUCCUUAUCUAUCUAUCUAUCUAUCUAUCUCAGUAUGUCAUUAUCUAUCUAUCUAUCUAUCUAUCUAUCUAUUUAUCUAUCUAUCUAUCUAUCUAUCUAUUUUUUUCUUUCUUUCUUUUUUUUCUUUCUUUCUUUUUUUUUCUUUCUUUCUUUUUUUUAUUUCUUUCUUUCUAAAUAUUUCCUCAUUCUUUCUCUCUUCACAUGUCUGCUUUCUUUCUUUCUUUCGUUCUUUCUUUCUUUCUUUCUUUCUUUCUUUCUUUCACAAUUUUCUUUGUUAUAUUUCUUUCUUUCUUUCUUUCUUUCUUUCUUGCUUUCUUUCUUUCUUUACUCUUUCUCCUUUAACAUUUCUGCUUCUUUCUUUCUUUCUUUCUUUCUUUCUUUCUUUCUUUCUUUCUAAAUAUUUCUUCACUCUUUUUCCCUUCGUAUUUCUGCUUUCUUUCUUCCUCCUUUCUUUAUUUCUUUCUUUCUGUCUUUAUUUUUACUUUCUAAAUAUUUCCUCACUCUUUCUCCUUUCACAUGUUUGCUUUCUUUCUUUCUUUCUUUUUUUCUUUCUUUCUUCAAUCGUUCUCUCUUCACAUUUAGUCUUUCUUUCUUUCUUUCUUUCUUCCUUAAAUAUUUCUUCAAUCUAUCUCCCUCCAUAUUUCUUUCUUUCUUUCUUUCUUUCUUUCUUUCUUUCCCAUUUCUGUUUCAUUUCUUUCGUUCUUUCUUUGUUUUUUUUUCUUUCUUUCUAA